AAAGAAAGAAUCAGCAAUCAUGGAGAUGAUGAGUUCAUUGAUGUGGAUUAUUGUGUAUAUGACAACACUUGUGUUUUCCAUCAUAUUUCUCCGUGCCAAAACCAAAUGUAUGAUAUCCAAAACCUCAUGCCAGCUUCCUCAAGGAACCCUCGGCUGGCCUUUCCUCGGCGAAACCAUCGACUUCAUUUCUUGUGCUUACUCCGACCGCCCCGAGAGCUUCAUGGACCGCCGCCGCCGCAUGUAUGGGAAAGUGUUCAAGUCACACAUAUUUGGGACCCCGACUAUAGUUUCGACCGAUGCAGAAGUGAGUCGGUUCGUUCUACAAAGUGAUGCAAAGGCUUUCGUGCCGUUCUAUCCAAAAUCAUUGACCGAGUUGAUGGGGAAAUCCUCCAUUCUUCUGAUCAAUGGGAGCUUACAAAGGAAAAUCCAUGGUCUCAUAGGAUCUUUCUUCAAGUCUCCACAUCUCAAACAUCAGAUCACUCGAGACAUGCAAAGUUACGUCCAGCAAGCGAUGGAUAAAUGGAGAGAUGAUCAACCCAUUUUCAUACAAGAUGAAACCAAAACUAUUGCUUUUCAAGUACUAGUCAAGGCAUUGAUUAGCUUGAACCCAGGUGAAGAAAUGGAAGUUCUCAAGAAACAGUUCCAAGAAUUCAUCUCAGGCCUUAUGUCCUUACCUGUAAAAGUACCUGGAACUCAACUUUAUCGAUCUUUGCAGGCAAAGAAGAGAAUGUUUAAGAUUGUGCACAAAAUCAUCCAAUCUAGAAGGAACUCAAGCACGAGUUCAAUGGCUCCACGAGAUGUAGUCGAUGUUUUGCUCAAGGACGCCAGUGAACUGUUAACAGAUGAUCUGAUAGCCGGUAACAUGAUCGAUAUGAUGAUCCCCGGCGAAGAUUCUGUACCUGUUUUAAUGACUCUUGCAAUCAAAUACCUCUCGGAUUGUCCGGCUGCUUUACAUCAAUUGACGGAGGAGAACUUGAAGUUGAAAAGGCUCAAAGCUCAAAAUGGGGAGGCAUUGAUUUGGAGCGAUUACUUAUCAUUAUCUUUUACUCAAAGUGUUAUCACAGAGACUUUAAGGAUGGGAAACAUAAUAAUAGGGGUGAUGAGAAAGGCCAUGAAAGACAUGGAGAUAAAAGGGUAUCUGAUCCCAAAAGGAUGGUGCUUUUUUGCCUAUUUUAGAUCAGUCCAUCUCGAUGAAAAUCACUACGAUUGGCCUUACCAGUUUAAUCCAUGGAGAUGGCAAGAGAAAGACAUAAUAAGCAGUUAUAACUUUACUCCAUUUGGCGGUGGACAAAGGCUGUGCCCUGGACUUGAUUUGGCCAGGCUUGAAGCUUCCAUUUUCCUACAUCAUUUUGUCACCAAUUUCAGAUGAGUGGCGGAAGAAGACACCAUAAUCAACUUUCCAACAGUAAGAAUGAAGAAGAGGAUGCCAAUUUGGAUUAAACCAAGGG